ACUACGAAUAGAAUUUUUCGUUCACAAGAAAAUUCCACGUUGGUUCAAACCAAACCCAAUUCCACAAACUUUACCGCAUUUUUCCCACAUCUCUGCCUCUCUCUCUCUCUCCCUCCCUCCCUCCCUCCCUCCACUCGCAACUCGUAUCUAUCUCGUCCUCUCUGUGGGUUUGCCACUGAUUUCUAACAGGAGGACAAAUCGAUUCGAAACCCUAGAAUCUACAUUUUAUCGGCCUCUCGUCUUGAUGCUUUUAUCGGAAAGUAGUUAUUCGCGCAAGAGCUGAAUUGAGUUGUCGAGGUGUCGUAGUCAGAGUUUUCUAACCCUACACCAUGGCAAAGGUUGCUGCACCUGGUUCUUUAACUUCUAGUUCUCUUCAAAUUGGUGGAGGAGUUCUGAAGGUUGGUGCUGCGGUUAAAAGGAAGACUCCAUCAGAACUGAGAGGAGAGCAAUUGAAGCAGGUGAAUGCUACAGAGCUUGUAGAUGAAUCUCCAGCCCCUUUGCUUGGUACUUCAAACGAUACUAAUGAAGUGGAUCAUGGGCUCAGGAAGCCUGAACAGUCAAGGAACCUAAGAUACAUUGACACCCGUAUGGAUGAAGUAUUUCCUGUUAAAAAAUCCAGGUUUAGAAUGCUUUCUGGAAAAGAAAAUGCAAAGGAAAAUAAUUCAGUUGAGCCAAUUAGCAGCCUCAAGAAUAUAUCUCUGCUUUCAAAUUUGGCUGCCAAGAGACGGCACCAACUCUCAUGUCCAGAAAGUUCUGUUGCUUCUGCUGAAGAUGCCGAACAUGGUGUGGCACAAGCUUUUCAAACGAUUGGAAAGUGUAGUCAAAGUACAUUCCGUAGUGUUAGCGAGCUCUCAUCAGGUGGUGAUAGAUCAUUUGGCUUGGCAACAGUUGAUAUGGAUAAAGCAUUAAAAGGACUGGCUGUCCCUGACCCUCCUGCCAUUUCUGGUUUACCUCAUGAUUCUUCCAAAAGACAUGGGGAUCCUACAACUUAUUCAGGCAAUUUCUGCUCUGAAUGCCAUAUACCUGGUGCAAAGGCUCCUUUAGAUUUUACACUGAAAACUCAUGUGCGGCUGGUGUCCUCUUACCCAGUGAACCGAAUUCACAGGUCAAUAAUGUCAAGUACCAUGCCACAGCUCCCAUUCCAAUUUGGUCAUUUUGAGGGUCAGAAUAACAGACAUAGCUCAGUGCACACAUCCACUUUGCAUGCCUUAAAUUCUAAAGUUAUGCAUUCUUGGGUUUAUCCUCAAUCUACCUUACCACCUUCUCUCAUCUCAGUGUUGACCUCGUCAGCGGCAGAUGGAGUGGAAAUGGAUUUUCUAAAUAAACGACAGCUUGCAUGGGAAGACUCUUUUCGUAGUCUUUACUACAUGCUUCGGAAUCAUUUUUGCAAUCUCUUUUAUGUCUGUACUUCACACUUUGUGGUUAUGUUCAACGGUGGUGAUGGCUUGAGGAGGACCAAGUGCUCAUGCAGUGCUUAUAUCUCCCGUUCAACGAAAGGUUUGAGAUCAUUGUUGAGAGAACAUGAUGUUUGUUUCUCUAUGCCUCUUUGCCAUUCUGAAGUAGAGCAAGCAACUACCGAAGAUCUGGUCGAGCUCUCAGAGAUUGUGAAGCAUAAUUUAGGCCAGACUCGGCGCGUGAGUUCCUCAUCUGACAUCGAUAAUAGCUCACAAUCUUUGCUGGUUUUCAGUGGCAAUAAGAGCGUACAUGGUUUAUAUGAUUUCUUGUUAAAUUAUAGAUCUUUCUUGACCUUCUUAGCUGGUAUGGAUGUUCCUUUAUUGUGUUCACCUGUGCCAUUUAAGAAUGCUGCCCUAUCUGCUCCAGAGGUAAAGUGCAUGGAGUGGAAAAGAGCAGAUCAUAUUGCUUGUCCUCCUAAAGAAUCCAGUGAUGGUGGUGAACAUGUGCCCGGUUCUUCUGCUGGCCUCUGCUAUAGCAUUGAAAUCAAGGAUGCAUAUCUUCCACCAUGGAUUAUAUGUAGUAUGUGUGCAGUUAUGGGUUCUGAAGGGAGAAGCUUCGAGGCAAGUUUUAUAACGGAACCUACCUCAGUUGGGUUGAAUGUAGCUCUUGGUGCAGCUUGUAAGAAAUCUGAUUCUCAAGCUGCAGAGGGUGAGCGCUUGCAAGAAAGCAGCUAUGAUUUUGGUAUUCCAGACGCCAUCAUUACUCCGUACUUGUGCUCAGGUUUAUUAAAAGGCUUGAAGUACUCUGAUGGUUCUUAUACAGCUUCACUUUCUCCUCUAUGACAUUCUGCUUUCGGGAUCUUUGCCAGAUACAGCAAUAUCCCCGUUUUCACUAAUCGUUGCUGAUUUAUGGUCCUUUUAACCCCUGCGUUUUCUCCUUUCUUUUGCAUUGCAAUCUUGUAUAAUCAUAUCAGUAACAAUGUAACAUUGUUGAUUAUUGCUUUUGUAAAACUCGUUGAACAAUCUUUUAAAAUAUUUCACCAUUUUGAUGAUGU